GCCGCGACUGCACUGAACCGCGCAAAGAGCGCUCCGACACCAGGAGUUGCUUCAACUGCGGAUCGGCUGACCAUAUGAGCCGCGAGUGCUCGGAGCCGAAGAAGGCGCGCAAUAUUACGUGUUAUAAUUGCCAGGAAGAGGGACACGGAUCCAGAGACUGCACGAACCCCAAGAAGCAGCGCCAAGGCGGGCCCCACAGGACCAACAAUAACAGCUCUGCCGCCGACGACUGGGGAUCGGGUGGCGCGACGACCACCGCUGGCAAUGGCGGCGGCGCUGCCGAUGACUUUGAUUGGGGAACUGGCGGUGAUUCGAGUGCCAACGCGAACGGCGGUCGCAGUGGUGGCGGCGGUGGAGGUAAUGAGUGUCGGCGCUGUCAUACAGAGGGCCACUUCGCCAAAGACUGUCCUAACAAUUCAGGCGCCGGUCCUAAUGAGUGCAGGCGUUGCAAGAAAGAGGGCCACAAAGCGGCCGAUUGUACUGAAGAGGUGUUGGGAGAGGACGGCAAACCCCUUCCCCCGCCCUAUAGGCCGACACUCGUGGACGAGAACUCGGAUGGUCUGUACGACACGACCCCCACCGGCAUUAACUUCAGCCGAUACGAUAAGAUCAAUGUGAAUGUGUCGGGCAAACUGGCGCCGCCGCCCAUCAACGCCUUCUCCGAUGUGGUGAAGAGCGCUCUCAUGACGGAAGCCAUCGAGAAGUGCAAGUAUACCAAACCAACGCCUGUCCAGAAGUACGCCAUUCCCAUAAUCGCUGCAAAGCGUGAUCUCAUGGCCUGCGCGCAGACCGGCUCUGGAAAGACAGCGGCCUUUAUUUUGCCAAUCCUUCAGAAUCUGCUCUCAAUGGAAGAGCUGCCGUCGCUCUAUGGACAGGCAGUCCAGGAGCCCCUUUGCGUCAUAAUCUCUCCCACUCGGGAACUGGCGAUCCAAAUACAUACAGAAGCCGUCAAGUUUGCGAAGGGAAGUAUCGUUAAGCCGUGUCUCAUAUAUGGCGGCACUUCCUCUGGCUAUCAAUUGGCUAACAUCUCGCGCGGCGCUCACCUACUGGUGGCCACUCCGGGCCGUCUGUUGGACUUUGUAUCGAAGGGAAAGGUGUCGUUCGCGAACCUAAAGUACCUGGUCUUAGACGAAGCCGACCGUAUGAUAGAUCAGGGCUUCCUUCCAGAGGUGCGCCGAAUGGUGACACACGAGACAAUGCCCGACAAGACUAACCGCCAGACUCUCAUGUUU